CGGCAAAACAGAGAGGACACAGCAAGCAAACCGUCGCCAAAUGUUGUCCUCCACAAGUGCUCCCGUCGUCCACAAUCCUCUUCUCCGGCGCGCCGGCCCGACCCGCGCGCGGCCCCGGCCGGCCAGUUUCCUCAGCGUCCGAUCGGCUUCCUCGAGCCUCACCGAGAAGCCGCCGGCGAUCGUCGAGGACAGAGUCGGGGGCCCGGGCGCCGAGCUUCGCGGCUCGGCGAGGUUCCCGGCGAUAAGGGCGGCGAAGAGGGUGGUGCUGGUGAGGCACGGCCAGAGCACGUGGAAUGCGGAAGGUCGUAUCCAGGGCAGCUCCGAUUUCGCGGUCCUCACGAAGAAGGGCGAGGCUCAGGCCGAGACCUCGCGCCAGAUGCUCAUCGAUGACUCCUUCGACGUUUGCUUCACCAGCCCCCUAGCACGCUCGAAGAAAACAGCUGAGAUCAUAUGGGGAGCACGGGAGGAGGAUAUGAUUGCUGAUACUGACUUGAGGGAAAUUGACCUCUAUUCAUUUCAAGGGCUCCUGAAGCACGAGGGGAAAGCGAAGUAUGGUGCAGCAUUUCGGCAAUGGCAGGUGGAUGCCGCAAACUUUUGCAUUGACGAUCACUAUCCUGUGAGGGAAUUAUGGCAACGCGCUAGCGACUGCUGGACCAAAAUUCUUGCCCAUGAAAGCAGGUCUGUUCUUGUGGUUGCCCACAAUGCUGUUAAUCAGGCUCUUGUCGCAACUGCUAUUGGAUUAGGGACAGAAUAUUUCCGGAUUUUGCUACAAAGCAAUUGCGGAGUCAGUGUACUGGAUUUUACCCCGGGAGCUGAGGGCGGAUCCCCAUUUAUAUGCCUCAACCGGCUAAACCAGACUCCAGGUUCGCCUGUUGCUGCUGGCAGUUCUGCAGGCAGAAAAACCAGCAAGAGGAUCAUACUUAUCUGUCAUGGAGUAACAGAGAGCGGUGCUGAGGUUACUUUUCCAAGUCAUAGUAAUGAACCAUUGAACAUGCUUGGAAUCAUACAGUCCCAGAAAAUUGCAGAGCUCCUUCUUGAUUUGAAGGUCAGCUCGAUAAUCAGCAGUCCGAGGAGCACCAGCAUCGAGACAGCCAUGGCUAUAUCGAAAGUUCAAGAAGCCGCAGACUGCUUGGGUGCUGACUGUGUGCCACGCUAUGUUGAGAUGAAGCAAAUGCAGGAACUUGGAUGUGAAAACGUUCUGCAGCAAUCGAAGAAGGAUGCUGCCCCAGUUCCUCUUCUUCAACCCGGCUGGUUAAACCAACACGAAGACAAAGUCCUCACAGCGCUGUGGGAUCAGUCAGGGAGAGCCUGGCAAUCUCUCUUGGAUGAACUUUCCGAUGAAACCGAGCCUGAAAAAGUCGUGGUGGCAGUGGGGCAUCCGGUGGCUCACAUCGCACUGAUGGGGCACUGCUUGGGUUUAACAAAAGAAUGGAUGGGAUCCUUUCACCUCGACACGGGGAGCAUCAGUGUCAUCGACUUCCCCGAUGGACCAGCAGGAAGAGGGGUUAUCCGGUGUAUAAAUUACACCGCCCAUUUGGGAAGAUGGUCGAUUCCCAUUACCAGACCAACACUAGAUGAUGAAGAUUUUUGAUGUCUCACGAAUGUUGAUAGGUAUACUCCAAUAAGGAGAGCACGUGCUUAACACCCUGCUGCCUGUAUAGUACAUUGUCCGGUUGGUGUUAUUAUUGGACCAUCCGUACUAAUCUUCACUUAUGUUAAGCCUGCUUUAUCAACCGAAGUUUUCUUUGUAAAA